CAGUAAAGCUAGAAAUGCAAAGUGAUGAGGAAUCUGACAGGAAACCCCUGAACCGGGAAGAUGAGCUCAGGGGUCAUGAUGAAGGAAGCAGCCUGGAAGAACCCCUCACUGAGAACAACGAGAUGGUUGAUAACAGAAAGAUCCAGGAUCUGUCAAGCGAGGGAGGAAUCCGUCUUCCGAAUGGUAAACUGAAAUGUGACGUCUGUGGCAUGGUUUGCAUUGGGCCCAAUGUGCUAAUGGUACAUAAAAGGAGCCACACUGGUGAGCGCCCCUUCCACUGUAACCAGUGUGGAGCUUCUUUUACACAGAAGGGGAACCUGCUGAGGCAUAUCAAGUUACACUCUGGGGAGAAACCUUUCAAAUGUCCCUUCUGCAGCUAUGCCUGCCGCAGAAGGGAUGCCCUCACAGGACACCUCAGGACGCACUCUGUGGGUAAGCCUCACAAGUGUAACUACUGUGGCCGGAGCUAUAAGCAGCGCAGUUCAUUGGAGGAGCACAAGGAACGCUGCCACAACUAUCUGCAGAAUGUCAGUAUGGAGGCUGCUGGGCAGGUCAUGAGUCACCAUGGUGAAAAGCUCAUGAGAUUUGGCUAUCCAGAAAUUCACUUUGAUAUGAACUUGUCCUACGAGAAGGAGGCUGAGCUGAUGCAGUCUCACAUGAUGGACCAAGCCAUCAACAAUGCAAUCACCUACCUUGGAGCUGAGGCACUUCACCCCCUGAUGCAACACACACCAAGCACAAUUGCUGAGGUGGCCCCAGUCAUCAGCUCAGCUUAUGCUCAGGUCUAUCAUCCUAGUAGGAUAGAAAGGCCCACUAGCAGGGAAACAGCUGACAGUCACGAAAACAACAUGGAUGUCCCUAUCUCCCUCAUCAGACCAAAGAGUCGACCCCAGGAAAGAGAGGGAUCCCCCAGCAAUAGCUGCCCAGAUUCUACUGACUCAGAAAGCAGCCAUGAAGAUCGCCAGUCCUACCAAGGAAACUCUGCCUUAAAUCCCAAGAGGAAGCAAAGCCCAGCUUAUAUGAAGGAGGACACCAAGGCUUUGGAUGCCACAAAAGCUUCAAAGGGCUCUUUAAAGGAUAUCUAUAAGGUCUUCAAUGGAGAAGGGGAGCAGAUUAGGGCCUUCAAGUGUGAGCACUGUCGAGUUCUUUUCCUAGAUCAUGUCAUGUACACCAUCCAUAUGGGUUGCCAUGGCUAUCGGGACCCAUUAGAAUGCAACAUCUGUGGCUAUCGAAGCCAGGACCGCUACGAGUUCUCGUCGCACAUUGUUCGAGGAGAGCACACAUUCCACUAGGCCUUGUCAUCCAAAGGGGAAUCUUAUGAAGUAGAAAAACUGCACAUGAAGAAAUACUGCACUUACAAUCCCACUUUUCCUCAGAUGUUGACACACCUUUUGUUGUUGUUGUUGUUGUUGUUGCUGUUGUUUAUUAUUAACCUUAUUUUAUGGACCCAACCUCAGUCACUCUGCCCAGUUUAAGAACGGAAAGAAGGAAAACAAGGGAUGAGAGAGUUUCUUCUGUUGUUGCUGUCACUUUUGUUUUGGUGGCCUGUCUGAUGUUUUCAGUGGGAAUUGAAAGGCAGUCCAUUUCUGUCACAAUUAGUUGUAUAUCACAUCCUAUUUUGGGCACUGCUUAACCCUAAUAGGUGCUUUAAAGUCAAAAGGAGUUGCCACUCGUUUGUAGAUUAACAAUUUCAGGCAAAUAGGUAGAAACAUUUCAGAGGAAAGCUCAUUCAACUGUAUAGAUAUGGUGGGGGGUUGGGGAAGGGAGGAGUGGGGAAUUUUAUUCUGCAGAAUGAACAAUUAUUUUUAAAGUAAAACUGGUUUACUCUGGGGAUAUAGAAGCAUGAAUCAAAGUCAAUAUUCCUUGCAAAAUUACUUCCUAAGGUUGGCUGUUUUCAUGGGUUCGGUGUUUACUGCCCCUCUGGAAUGUAUAAAUUAUGUAUGUGUAACACUGUACCACAUAACAGCAGUUUAGUUUCAUAAGUCUUAGGGACCUCCUGCAGUAAGUUUGAGGACCUGUGUUUUUUAUUUUACUUAUGAAGCACCUUUUGUUAGAAUUGCUGAUUUGCUGUUAUUCCAUAACUAUGUGUUGACUCACUGACUUCUUACAGGCUCCCUCAUAGCCUUACUUAGCUAAUUGCACCCUAUGUUUUAAGAAACAGCAUUUAGAAAUAACGGUUUUAACCUAGCUUCUAGGACAAUAGGUAGCCUAGGAGUCUAUAAGAGCCUAUAGUUUACUCAAGAGGUUC